AUGGUUUCCAAAUACUGUCCGGGUUUUAAACCUCCUACAAGUCAUGAGCUAAGGACUUGGAUUUUGAAGGAUGAAGUUGAAGAUGUUCAAAAGUUGAUGGUAGAUCAUAAAAAAGAUUGGAGCAAGUAUGGAUGCACUAUUAUGUCGGAUGGUUGGACGGAUGGCAAGAGUAGGGUUAUACUAAACUUUUUAGUAAAUAGCCCUAAAGGUACAUGGUUCUUGAAAUCCGUUGAUGCAUCGGAUACAAUUAAAAAUGGAGAGUUGAUGCUCAAUUACUUGGAUAAUGUUGUGGAGGAGGUAGGGGAGGAGAAUGUUGUCCAAAUAGUUACCGACAAUGCUUCUAAUUAUAAGUGGGCGGGAAAGGAGCUAAUGAAGCAAAGAAGCAAAUUAUGGUGGACUCCUUGUGCGGCUCAUUGCAUUGACUUGAUGUUGGAGGACAUUAGCAAGUUGAAGGUCUUUGAAACUACCAUUCAAAGAGCUAAGCUAAUUGUGAAAUUUAUUUAUGGGCAUACACAAGUUCUUUCCAUCAUGAGAAAAUUUACCGGCAACAAGGAGAUUAUUCGGCCGGCGAUUACAAGGUUUGCCACAUCUUUUCUCACUCUCCAAAGUCUAUAUAAGCAAAAGGCAGCUCUUAUUAGUAUGUUUCAAUCUAAAGAAUGGCAUGAUUGUGGUUGUACAAAACAUAAAGAUGCUUAUGAUGUGAAGAAGUAUAUCCUCCGUGAUGGAAACUUUUGGAACCAUAUUGCCUAUUGCAUCAAGAGUGUUUUGCCUCUUGUUUGUGUCUUGAGAGAGGUUGAUUCAGAAGUGAGACCCGCCAUGGGAUUUAUUUUUGAGUUGAUAGAUGCCGCAAAAGACAAGAUUGCUAGUAAUCUUGGAAAUGUGGAAGCGAAAAAAUUUUAA